AUGUCCAACGCGGUGUCGCGCAUUCCGUCGAGCACCCUGACCUCGCUCCUGCCGCGCGCCCUGAAUCCGCACGUCGCCGUCGUCGACCUCGUCGCGACCCAUCUCACCGCCGCCACCGAACCCCAAGCCGCCAAGCCCCUCGACCUCUCCCGCCUCCUCCCCUACCUCGGCCAGGAAGAGCUCACCGCCGUCGUGCUCCGCGCCGGCCACUCCCACCCGCUCCCCACCCUCCGCUUCCUCGUCGCGCUCCCGCCGCCGCUCCAGCCGUCGCCUCCCCACCUCGCUUUCCUCGCGCACUCCCUCGCCACCACCCGCUUCUUCUCCCACGCCCUCGACGCGCUCUCCCAUCUCCUCCGCCUCCACCCAAGCCACGACGCCCUCCCCACGCUGCUCCUCUCCUACCAGACCGCGCCCCACCCCUCCCUCCCUGGACUCCUCGUCAAGGCGCUCCUCCGCCACGCCCGCCUCCACGACGCGUUCCAGGCCGCACUCCGCGCGGCCGCUUCCGGCUUCCCGCCCGACACCGUCGCCUUCAACGCGCUCCUCGCCGCGCUCUCCCGCGCGGGGCGUUUCGGUCACCUCUGGACCGCACGAGCCGCCAUGGCGCGCGCCCACGUGCGCCCCAACGUGCACACGUUCAACAUCCUCGUCGCCGCGCUCUGCCGUGGCCAAGACGCCGAGCGCGCGCAGGGCUUCUUAGAGGAGCUGGAGGAGCAAGGGUUUGAGCCGGACGUGGUGACCUACAACACCCUUCUUGCUGGCUACUGUCGCAGGGGGCGGCUCAAGGACGCUCUGCACCUGUUCGAUGUUAUGCCGCCCAGGGGCGUCCAACCGGACCUGGUGUCACAUACCGUUUUGGUGGACGGACUGUGCAGAGCCGGGAGGUUGAGCGACGCUCGGCGCAUGUUUGACAGGAUGAUGCACGGUGGGCUCAGCCCUGAUGCUGUGGCUUAUAGUGUUCUUAUCGCGGGGUACUGUAACCAGGGGAGAGUGAAGGAGGCAAGGUUGCUGCUGAUGCAGAUGGUGGGAACCGGGCUCUCAUCUCAAGGAUUCGCUCUCAGGGCUGUCAUCGAGAGCCAUCUAAAAGUUGGGAGGCUGCUCACUUGCUUGAAUAUGCUGGCACCUUUGAGGAAAUACGGUGUUGUCAUCCCGUUGGAGAGUUAUAAUUGCUUGGUCCGUGUGUUGUGUGAGGAUAUGCGCCCUCAUGCUGCCAGGGGUUUGUUCCAGUGGAUGGUAGAGGAUGGACAUAGCCCUAGCUUGGACAUGUACAAUAUGAUUGUGGACUGCUUCUGCCAAUGUGAUUGUGUCGAUGAGGCUUUAGAUGUCAAGGCUGAGAUGAGCUCUAGACAAGUGAAACCAGACUUCCAUACUUACCGGGCACUAGUAACCUGCCUUUGUGGGCUGAGGAGGAGCUUAGACGGAAAAAAUGUUAUGGCAGAGAUGAUUGAGUCCGGUCACCUGCCAAACGAGACCAUUUGCGCUGCCUUGGUUUCUGGGUUCUGCAGGGAAGGAUCUCUUAAUAAGGCAGAACUGAUCCUCAAGGCGUUCGUUCUUGAUUUCCAGGUCCACUGCAAUGAGAGCUAUAAUACUCUAAUGAAAGCUUACUGUGCAACCAGGAGCACCAAAGAUCAUCUUAAGCUCUGA